AUGGUCACCUCCACCGACAGAACAGGUGCGAUUGGAUUUGUUGUUAGUGAUUUUGCAGAUAACAUAAUCUUUGCUGGGGCUAGGCGGUUUAGUGGCAUAAUAACACCACUUGUUAUAGAGGCAUUGGCGAUUCGGACAUCAAUGGAGGAGACUAUACCUAAAGGAUUUAGUGCAGUUAUCUUCGAAGGAGAUUGUCAAGUGUUGAUAAAUGCUGCUAAUGCCUCCUCUAGUGACGACAGGGACGCCGGAGUAGUUUUAGAAGACAUAUUCAAUCUAGUUUUCCGAUUUUCGGAAAUUAGAUUUCAAUAUGUUAAUCGUAAAUGUAAUUGGGUGGCCCAUUUGGUGGCUAAAAAAGCCCUUAUUGAUGACUGCUUCUGCAGGUCUCAUCAUACUGUUAUGGAAUGGCUCACUCAGGUCUGUUGA